ACUUGAAAGAAUGGAAAGGACAAUUUUAUCAAAAGAAGAGACAGCAUCUAGAAGCAAUAAACCGCAAGUCUAUCUCAGUAGUCCUCGGCCUCUUUUAAAAAGGCCCUUGGACGGCAAUGCUUUUCCACCUAACCAUCCAUUGGCCAAUUUACCUAUACCUUCGCCUACACCUUAUCAACAACAACAAGCAGCUCGUCUACACUAUUACCAUACUAGGCCCUCUGCGUAUGUUGAGAAUCCGAGUUUCGGCUUAAAGGAUUUUGAAUUACAAGAUACCCUAGGCACUGGCACAUUUGGCAGAGUGUAUUUGUCUAAAUUUAUACCUUCCAGUAAAUUUUAUGCUAUGAAAGUAUUAAAGAAGUCUGAAGUCGUAAGAUUAAAGCAAGUGGAACAUUUAAUAUCUGAAAAGCAAAUACUGUCAUCUGUUCGAUUUCCAUUUAUCGUUGAUCUAUUUUGUACAUUUCAAGAUGAAUCUAAUCUAUACAUGCUGCUUGAAUAUGUGGUGGGUGGAGAAUUGUUUACGCAUUUACGUAGAGCUGGCAGAUUUACAAAUGACAUGACAAGAUUUUACGCUUCUGAGAUUGUAUUGGCUAUAGAAUACUUGCAUUCAAAGGAUAUCAUCUACCGUGACUUGAAGCCUGAAAAUCUGUUGAUUGAUCAUCAAGGUCAUAUCAAGAUUACUGAUUUUGGUUUUGCAAAGAAAGUGGUUGAUAGAACUUGGACAUUGUGUGGUACUCCAGAGUAUUUGGCUCCUGAAAUUAUACAGAGUAAAGGUCAUGGCAAGGCUGUUGAUUGGUGGGCUCUUGGUAUUCUUAUAUUUGAAAUGUUGGCAGGAUAUCCUCCCUUUUUUGAUGAUAAUUCAUUUGGCAUAUAUGAAAAGAUUUUAAUGGGUAAAGUUCAAUUUGCUGCACAUUUCGAUCCACUUGCCAAGGAUUUAUUAAAAAGGCUGUUGGUGAGCGAUAGAACGAAACGUUUAGGCAACCUAAAGGGAGGAUCGGAAGAUGUGAAAAGACAUAAAUGGUUUAGAGGCGUUGAUUGGAUUGGUUUGUUGGACAAAAAUGUGCGGGCACCAAUUAUUCCACAUUAUCCACAUCCUGGAGACACAAGCAAUUUUGAAAAGUAUCCUGAACAGUUUGACACCGAGUGUAAUCUGGAAGGAGAUCCCUACAAGGAGCUUUUUGUAGGCUUUUCAUCUUAAUAAAUUCGUAGAUUCCAAUCUAUGUACAGUUACCAUACCUAUAUGAUUUUAAUUGCCCUUUAUUCAUACCCUCUUUUUAUGUUACCAAACAAACAAAUGAAAAAAAACAAAGCUACAAUAAUACUACAAUGAUAAUAAAAUCCCUUUAUUUUACAUGAUCAGCUUACUUGAUGAUCAACACAUAUAAAGUUUAAUUAUAUACAGCAUUAGUAGUUGUAUGUAAGUCUAAUAAGAAAAGAGAACGAGG